AUGGCAGUACUUGAUGAAGCCGACAGAAUUCUGGACAUGGGUUUCGCCGACACGCUCAAUGCCAUUAUUGAAAACCUUCCGAAAACACGGCAGACCCUUCUCUUCUCUGCCACUCAAACCAAGUCUGUCAAAGAUCUGGCCAGACUGAGCCUGAAGAACCCAGAGUAUGUGUGGGUCCAUGAGCAGGCCAAGUUCAGUACACCAGCCACUCUGGAACAGAACUAUAUGGUGUGUGAGCUGCACCAGAAAGUCAACAUGCUCUUCUCGUUUUUGAGGAGUCAUCUUAAGAAGAAGAUCAUUGUCUUUUUUGCCUGCUGCAAAGAGGUUCAGUAUCUGUUCCGGGUCUUCUGCCGGUUGCGUCCGGGUAUCUCCGUACUUGCUUUGCAUGGCAAACAGCAGCAGAUGAAGAGGGUGGAGGUUUAUAAUGACUUUGUCCGCAAGACCUCAGCCGUCCUCUUUGCCACAGACAUCGCUGCCAGAGGACUUGACUUCCCUGCAGUGAACUGGGUGCUGCAGUUUGACUGUCCUGAAGAUGCAAACACAUACAUCCACAGAGUUGGCAGAACAGCCAGGUAUAAGGAGGGAGGCGAAGCUCUCCUUGUCCUAUUGGCCUCAGAGGAGAAGGGCAUGAUUGCACAGCUUCAAAAGAAGAAAGUUCCCAUUAACAAAAUCGAGGUGAACCCAGAGAAGUUGGUGUUCGUCCAGCAGAAGUUGGAGGCCUUCCUGGCACAGGAGAAGGAGCAGAAGGAACGAGCACAGAGGUGUUUUGUGUCCUACCUCCGCUCCAUCUAUCUGAUGAAGAACAAAGACGUCUUUGAUGUUUUCCAGCUCAAACUCCCAGAAUAUGCCAUGUCACUGGGUUUGGCGGUGGCUCCGCGGGUCCGUUUCCUCAAUAAGGCCCAGCAGCAGAAGAGUGGAGUGACGCAGGACAACAGCGGCGCUGCAGGACACCAGUCUGAAGAUGAGCUGAAGAGUUUCAAAGCCCAACUCAAAGGAGAGCAGUCUCAGUCCUCACAGUCUGAGGAAGAAGAGGAUGAGAAUGAUGAGGAUGAGAAUAAGGAUGAGGAGACAUUAAAGCCUGCAGCUCUGCUAUGUGGCUUUAAUGAAGAGGAUGAGGAUGACCAGAAAGAUCAGGACCUACUGACUGUCAAGCGUAAAGAUGUGUUCAAUAUCAGUGAAGAGAGCCAGGAUGAUGAGGGCACAGAUGCUAAGGCCAAGAAUCAGAAACAAAAGGAAUCCAAAUUCAAAGAUGCAAAGAAAAUACAGAAAAAGAACUUCAGGGUCAACACUAAGAAGAUCUUCACUGAGGAGGGAGAGGUGGUGCAGCAGUGGCCUCCAUUGCAAAAGACCAUGGUACUAGAUGAAGAGGAGGAGGAAACGUCUGGCAUUAACAUGGAAGCAGCCAAAGAGCGGCUUCGCAAGGAAGACCAGGAGUUCGACAAGAUCGAGUACCGUCGUAAAAUCAAGGAGAAACAUAGGGAGAAAAGACUGAAGGAGAAAGCAGCUCGGAGGGAAGCGAGCAAACAGCAUAAAGAGGAGAAGAAGAAAGGUGAUGAUGACGACGAUGAUGAUGAGGAGGAGGCGGUAGCGUAUCUGUCAGGUGCCGAUGAAGAAUUUGACCCCAGCACACUUCCUGACCCCGACAAAGUGCGCAACUCUGAGUCCUCUGAGGAGGAAGAAUGGCUGGUGUUCGGGACUGGAGCCAGAGGCUUCACUAACCAUGAGCUCUUUCCUGUUGCGGUACCGGUCUUCCUGCUUUGCUGUCUUGACAGAUACCUCCCUCCCAUAAAUCUAAUUGGAUCUUAUUGGCCCUGCCUCACCUCUGCCCCUGCCAGCGCUUUGUGUCAAGAAUAG